UGAAAUGUCUUUAUAAUAUACAGCGCUAGACCCUGAUAUUGAUGCGAUCCGGUCCUCUGAAAUGUCUUUAUAAUAUAAUUAUAGUUUUAUACUAGUUGCAUAGUCCUUGCACUAGGAAUCUGUAAAUGACGUGGAAGACGAUACUCAUUAACAUAUCUUUGAUCGUUACGAUUCUAGAAUCCCAGGCACACUUUCUGUAGCCAAUAGGGGCGCAGGGGGGAGGAGUCUGUGCGGUAUAAAACGAGAAAGUUUUGGACAAUUGAAUUAGAUUCGCUGUAGGAUAGCAAGCACACAGACACAGACACAGACACAGACACAGACACAGACACAGACACAGACACAGACACAGACACAGACACAGACACAGACACAGACACAGACACGGACACCUGAUGCGCUGGCAUACUUAUUAAUAAAACACACAAACACGCCAAAAUACUCUUUUUGUACAUCGAUAUAGACACAGAGACUCUCUCUCUUCUCUCUCUCUCCUCUCUCUCCUCUCUCUCUCUCUCCUCUCUCCUCUCUCUCCUCUCUCUUUCUCUCCUCUCCACUCUCUCUCAACUCUUCACUCUCUCCUCUCUCUCCUCUCCUCUCUGUCUCUCUCUCUCUCUCUCUCUCUCUCUCUCUCUCUCUCUCUCUCUCUCUCUCUGGGUCCCUUUCGGUUCAGUAUGGACUCGGUUCUGUGGUGCUGUGAAUCGGACCGGCUGACUCUCCGAGCCCCGCUCGACCCGGCUCUCAGCGGCCGGCGGGCUCUGGACUCGCUUCUCCGGACCGAAGAGCGGUACCUGCCGUCCCCGCUGUACUUCAGCGAGGUGCAGACCGGCGUACAGCCGCCGAUGAGAGGCGUGCUGGCGAGCUGGCUCCUGGAGCUGUGUUGCGAGCACGCUUGCUCGGAGGAAGUCUUCGCGUUGGCGCUCAGUCUUUUGGACCGGGUCCUCUCUCUGGUUCCGAUGCAGAAGUCCCGGCUGCAGCUCCUCGGAGCGGCGUGCCUCUUCCUCGCCUCCAAACUCCGGCAGAGCGAAGCGCUCCCCGCCGACAGCCUGUCCCGCUACUCCGACCGCGCCUUCACCGCGCACGACCUCCGGGACAUGGAGCGAAUGGUCCUCACUAAACUGGGAUGGGACGUUGCCGCGGUGACCCCGCAGGACUUCCUACCUCACUUCCUGUCUGCUGUAGGUCUCUCCGCGGACGGAGAGGAUCAGUAUGGAGAGUUAAUAAGAAAACAUUGCCAGACGCUCAUCACCCUCUGCGUCAGUGACAUCACCUUCCUGGCCACGCCCCCUUCGAUUAUCGCCGCCUCCUGCCUAAGCUCCGCCCUAAAGGGGUUGGCCUGUAAAAGGGGUCCUUCAAACGAGCUGGGGCUGUCCAUUCAACUUGCCUGUCUAAUUAACACAGACCCGGAGAUCCUGCUUUUGUGCUCCGGGCUGAUAGAAGCCGCGCUGAGCGAGAGAAUAGGAAACGGAGAGAGGCGGAGAGGAGAGAGGGAAGGGAAAAACGAGGCGACGGAGGAGGUGGAGAGAUCAACGACGCCGACCGACUUCAGAGACAUCAACCUUUGAGGUGACGGAACCCAAGUCUCCCACCUCCCAGUCCUCUUCCCACUGAGCCAUCUGUGUAGCUAAAUAUCUCAGAAUGUAUCUUAUCUAUCUGUCUAUCUAUCUAUCUAUCUACAGUUUGUUCUGAAUUAUUUCUGGUCAGAUCCUGCCCCCUGGUGGAUAAACUCACACACUACAGCUCGGGCCAAAAGUUUUGCAUCACCUUUGUGACGUAAAUAAAAGAAGAAAAAACUAUAUGAACAUAAUUUGAGAUUUUAUUAAACAUCAUGUGAUCAAAGAAACUACUUUCUUUGGACUCGGCUUUCAUUGGACUCUACGAAGCUGAGGGAGUUCAUUCUAUAUAUGUAUAGAGGGGGAUGAUGCAAAACUUUGGCCAUAGCUGUACAUGAUAGAGGUCUUGUAUCGCUUGUGAUAGGAGACCGCAGCAUAAAGAACUACAGCUCCCAGCAUGCCUCGCCAUGGCCGCGGGUGCAGAGGCAUGCUGGGAGCUGUAGUCCUAUAACCAGUGCUGGAGCGAUUCACUGUGCCCUUUUCUUUAACCACUGGACCACACAGCCUCCUACAAUGCUUCCCUAUGCUUAACCAGACCUCUCUGUGCUUUACAAUGCUUCCCUAUGCUUUACCAGACCUCUCUGUGCUUUACAAUGCUUCCCUAUGCUUUACCAGACCUCUCUGUGCUUUACAAUGCUUCCCUAUGCUUUACCAGACCUCUCUGUGCUUUACAAUGCUUCCCUAUGCUUUACCAGACCUCUCUGUGCUUUACAAUGCUUCCCUAUGCUUUACCACACCUCUCUGUGCUUUACAAUGCUUCCCUAUGCUUUACCAGACCUCUCUGUUUUACAAAUCCAUUUAUUUAUUUAUUUAUUUAUUUAUUUAUUUAUUUAAUGUCUAUUUUCUUGUAAACUUUUAUCCAUGAGAUUUCUUUUUAAUUGCUUUCCUUUUAUAUUAAUGAUUUGUGUUAAUUAAUUAUAAUUAUCAGUGUCUCUGUUAUGCAUUUAUUUAUUAUUCCUAGCAUCGUUAUUUAAAAUUAAACAUUUUUAAAUGUCACUUACAUUAACUUGUUUUGCAUUUAUUUAUUCAUUAAAAUGUAUUCAUUAUUAUUAUU